AUGGUUAAACUGACCACCGGCUAUAUGGAUCGGCCGUUUAUAAGGACCAAAUCUUCUUCUUCAAAAAAACGAAUCCUAUUUUUCAAGCAGAUGCACAAUAAUAAUAAUAAUAAUAAUGAUAAUAAUAAUAGGAAGAAAAAAAAGAAAAAAAGUAGCGUUCUUGAUCAUAUUAGUUUAGCAAGUUUUCAAAGACGUCAACUUCCACCGGACACACUGUGUUCGAGUGAAUGCGCGUGUCUCCAUGCCAAGGCAUUCCUGAAAGAACUUCUUAAUCAGAACCUCCUACAAGCACCCACCAGUACAACCGCGCAUGAAGACACAACAUAA